GUGUGACUUUGUGUGACUCAGGUUGGAAAACAGAAAGUCGUCUCAGGAAUAUUCCUGUAGCUGUAGGGUGAGUGCUCUUCUCCAUAGGGCACCAUGUAAAGAUGAAGUGAGUGCCCUCUUCCCCUAGAACUACUCCCCGAAUCUAGGAGGCAAAACAGAAGCAUGGUGGUGGAGGAAAUCACCAUUACACUCUCCGGUGGAGCGCCAUGGGGCUUCAGACUUCAGGGGGGAGUGGAGCACCAGAGACCACUGCAGGUUGCCAAGGUGCGCAAGCGCAGCAAGGCAUGCAGGGCAGGACUGCGAGAGGGGGACGAGCUGGUGUCCAUCAAUGAGAGCUCCUGUGAGCAUAUGUCCCAUGCCCAGGCCAUGAACUUCAUUGAUAGCAUCCCUGGAUCACUGCGUAUUCGAGUAAAAAGGGCACCAUCGGGAUUCCAGUCAGUUGUUCUGGUUGCUCGAGCUCCAUCUCCCCGCAUCGAUAAAGAGUACCGUGCUGCCCUAAGGGCUAAAUCCCCAUCCAGCUCCAAAGUGCAGCAGUCCAGUGUUCGUCAAGCAUUUUACAGCUCAGCAACAUCCCAGAAUGUCCGCAGUGGUGUCACCUCCCCAUUCGGUAGUGAGGCCUACUAUGGAGAGACAGACAGUGAUGCAGACGUGGCAGCCCAUGACCGUCAGCGUAAGCAGAAGCGCCAUGUCCCCAGUAACUCUCCAGGAAAAUCAGGCUACACUUCUUAUUCUGUGGGAGAGACCUCAGAAAUGAGUGGCUAUGACAGUGCACCAGAUGUCCAGGGCUACACCAGGAUGGGGCAUUGCUCUGAGGAGGGCACUCUACCUGGUGUGGUUCCAAGAGAGGUGGUGUACCAGCCACAUUCAUCUGGAGCCUGGUCUUCUCAGACAUCCACUGAAACCUCAUCCAUGAGUGCAGAUGAGCAGAGCUCUCAUGACCUGGUAUUGGAGGAGGAUAGUGGCUUCCAGGAGCCUGCUAAUGUACCACUAGUGUCUCCAGAGAGAGCAAAAGGGGCACUGAGACUGAGCUCCCAUACACAAUUGGUACCCAUGGUGGGGCCAGUUAAUAAACCAGUGGAUGAGGAGCUCACAAAGACCUACAUGGACAAGGCUAAACAAGCAAAAUUAAACCGUGGUGACACCCCGCAAGACAAGCAGGUGAAGGAGGCCCGGAAAAAGUGUCGCACCAUUGCCUGUCUGCUGACUGAUGCACCUAAUCCUCACUCCAAGGGUGUCCUAAUGUUUAAAAAACGUCGCCAGCGCUCGAAGAAGUACACAUUAACCAGUUACGGUAGUGUGGAUGAGGACAUGCAACAAGACUCUCAAGAGGAGGACACCCAAUUCCUUGGAAGUGAAUCUGAGGUGGAUGAGGAGGAGUUCAGUGCAGCACCUGAUCCCACAUGGGACAGUGACUACCUGGAAAUGCUGGAGAGGAGAUCAGCAUCCAGAGGGUUGGAAGGAAAUGAAGCAGGAGACUCUCUGAGCACUGGCCUGAGUGACACCACAGGGAAAGGAGCAAAACUGUUUGAGCAGCAGAGGAAGAGAGCAACGGAGCAUGCCAAGAAGAUUUCUACUGCUCAGGCACAACCUAGUCUGAUGCAGAGCCAACCCCAGCCUGAAAUCCAAACAGAAGAAAUACAGACACAACCAUCAAAUUUGUCUGUACAGGUAAAAAAACAAGUGAGGCUCUGUGUCCAGCCACCACCAGUUGCACCAAAACCUGCCAAACCACCAGAGCUAAUGGUGCAAGAUGAGGCAUGUUCUAUCAAGAAACAAAUCACAGGAUUUCCACCUCAAGUAACCCCUUUCACUGUUAAUGAGAAUACCACCAGCAUAACAGUACCGGUUCAUACCAUGGUGCCUGUAACACACCAGCCCAUAACUCCUGCUUUGCCAAUGAUGCCUUCAGCAACAGCUUCUCUUCCUGAGUUGCCUGCUAGCUCAGUUUUGAACCGCACAGCUCGCCCAUUUGCCCCCGGGUUUAUCAGUCACAGAGCAGCUACAGCACCAGUUGUGUUUCGCCCUAACACUGCUAAAAAGACACCCAGACCAGUCUCUGUGGCAGUAUUGGCUCAUCCUUUCUCACCACCAUCUGAUAAGAAGCUUAUUGAUGUACCUUCUGCCAGUUUUACAGUAAGCCAGAUGAGCCCUGUUGUUCCUGUCGAGGUAUCCUCCACAUUAGUCUCAAUGCCCACUGAGCCUAUGCCAUACUCUGCUCCUCCAGAUCCUGCAGCUUCUCUUACUUUACAUCCUCCUUCAUCAGUGGAGAAUAUUCAGUCUCCUGUCACAAUUCUAUCACCUAUAGUGGCUGACUCCUCUGUUCCUGCCAAUGUAAUUACAGUUACUUCUUCUGCUGGUGUCACAGAUCCCACUAUUAUAGCCUCCAUUGCUUCCUCUCAGGCCACUGCCUCUGAGUAUCCAAUGAUAGCUGUUGACCCCAUAAUUUCUGCAGCUCCUGAAACUCUUGUCAGCUCAAUGACUCCUCUGUCUCCUAUAAUGUAUGGAGAGAAAGCCACAGAAAUUGUUUCUGUAGCUGGUGAGAAAACUGGCAUCCUUCAAGAGGCCCGUCGACGUAAUGCCAGUAAGCCAAUGUUUAAGUUGUUGGAAAGCAAUAAAAACUCCCCCAAUCCUGAGCUGCUGUCUAUGGUGCAAAACUUUGAUGACCGACAUAAGCAACCAUACACAGAGCCUGCCUCUUUCUCUCAAGAUUCAUACAACAUUGAUGAUAGGAGGGGACGAAUCGCACCACCAGUGGCUCCUAAACCACGCAUCAUCCCAGACAUGCCUCAGAUUCCUCAGGCUGAGGGUAAAGGUGCUGAGCUAUUUGCAAGAAGACAGAAUCGCAGAGAUCUUUUUGUAAUAGAUUCUCCUCGAUCACACCCUCAUCCGCAGCAGCAGCAGCAGCAGCUGCGGCACCAGUAUACACCCCCCCAGUCUGUUAUAUCUGUGAUCCAUCCAUCUGAACCUUCAUCCUGGAAGUACUCUCCAAAUGUCCGUGCUCCCCCACCCAUUGGGUACAAUCCUCUCCUAUCUCCUUCUUGUCCUCUGGGAUUACAGCAUGGAGGAGCAAAGGGAUUAGCAAAGGGAUCUGAAAGAAACUCCAAAGUGACUAAGAGUGGUCAUGGAUUCCAGAAGGAAGGUAUUAAGGCCAUAGACUUCAUGAGACGGCAGCCUUAUCAACUCAACCCAGCAAUGUUCAGGUUUGGAGGUGACACCAGCACACAAUCCUUAGGUCCUUCCUAUCAGAGGAAGCCACAAGUGGGUCACACCUUGACCCAACCCAGACAGGUCCCCGUAAAGGCAGCGCGAGUUUAUGAGAUCAAACGCUUUUCUACUCCUACCCCUAUGUCAGCUCCAACAAUAUGCCCUACAGUGAUUGCACCACGUGCACAAACCACUUUAGGUGAUCCCUUGUGUAGCUCUGACAUGACCUCCCCUACCCCAUCACCCAUGUCCCCACCACCUCAUCCUGGAUCUGUAGCUACAGCAAUGCCUGCACGAUCUCAUGGUUUGCCAGAACUCCCUAAAAUCUCUGCCACUCCCGUAUUUGUUCCUACUCCAUACUCACCCCCAGCUUCUCUAUCCAGUAUGUCAAGCCUAAGCUCCCAUGGUCUCCAGGGUACCAAACAGUUCAAGAGUGCCCCUGAGCUUAGUUCCCUGCCACCAGUCCACCUGAAGCCUAUAGUCCAGGCACCCAAGCCACGCUUUGUUGCCACACGGGUUGGCAUACAGCCUCACGUUUGGAGGCCUGGCGCUCUGUAAGAAU